AGCUCAGGUCCGUGACUUAAUGAAUAUGUAUGUUAGUGAGCAAAUAACAAAGUUAUAACUCAGUGUUAGCCAGUUAAGCUAGAGUUAGUGAAUUAAUUAGUUGGGUGUCACUGUGCAGUUUUAUCACCUUCACAUUCUGGCUCCUGUUUCUGAAGCUUCUGUUGUAGCUGAUACCUACGGAACAGGAUAAUUGUUAAUUGGUACUAUCGGUGCAAAACAUGGAACCCACUAAAGAGUUGGACAAACUGCCGAUAACAGAGGCGAAGACAGAAUUCAGGAACACACUUCACUUGAAGAUAUCCCUUGCUGUAAUGUCCUUGUGUCUUAUCAUAGCUGCCAUUAUUCUGGGAGUUUAUUUUGGGAUACACGAAGCUCAAAAAAAACCCCCAUCCGAACAACACCCGACCAUGAAAGCGUCAGGCUGCCCAGCUGGGAAUUACAUCUGCAAGAACGGCCAGUGUCUUACAAAAUCCAAUCCAGAAUGUGACAAGACAAAUGAUUGCUUGGACCAGUCAGAUGAGUCAGAGUGCAAUUGUGGUACCCCCUUGAUAUCGAACAGAAUUGUUGGGGGCAAGGAAGCUGCCUUUGGGGAAUACCCGUGGCAAGUCAGUCUAAAUGUAAUUGACAUUGGCCAUGACUGCGGAGCUACAGUUGUAGCAAGCACAUGGCUGAUCUCAGUAGCUCAUUGUUUUAUAAGCUUUCAAGACCCAAAAUACUGGGAGGCAGUCCUUGGAACUAUCUACAGAAAUGAUGAAACUUCUACAGCAGUGAAAAGGAAAUUGAAGAGGAUCAUUGUUCAUCCGUUAUUUGACCCAUCUACUCUUGACUAUGAUGUGGCUCUGCUGGAGUUAACCACUUCCAUAUCAUUUUCCAGAUCUAUCCAGCCUGUGUGUUUACCAUCUCCUGUUCAUAUCUUCCGCACAGGAAAGAACUGCACGAUCACAGGAUGGGGAUUUCUGAAUGAAAACAAUGUUUCUUUACCCAUCAUUCUGCAAAAAGCUAUUGUUCAGAUAUUCAAUCAAAGUGAAUGUGCCAGACUCUACAGUGACCCAGUAACUCCGCAAAUGAUCUGUGCUGGAUUUAUAGAUGGCCAAGUGGAUUCCUGUCAGGGCGAUUCUGGUGGACCAAUGGUUUGUGAAGAGUCACCAGGCAAAUGGCUCCUGGCUGGUAUCGUGAGCUGGGGAGAAGGCUGUGCUCGACCAAACAAACCUGGUGUCUAUACAAGAGUGACCGCAAUCCGGGACUGGAUCCAGCACACAAUGUCCCAGACCAACACCACCAUUACUCUGACAGAGAGCAAUACUGAACAGACAGAUUCAGUAAAUAGAAGCAUUGUUGCCUCUAAAUUAAUAGUCGAAGUUCGCUGUACAGCCUCUACUUUCAAGUGUUCUACUGACAGUUGUAUUGAUAAGCACAACGCAGAGUGUGAUGGCAUCAAAGACUGUGUUACAGGGUCUGACGAGGCAAAUUGCAGUUGUGGAACUGCACCCCUGAUGGUUGGAACUAGAAUUGUGGGAGGAGUGAACAGCUUUCCUGGAGAAUUUCCUUGGCAAAUCAGUUUGCAGAUAUUGUACUUCGGACAUGUGUGUGGUGGAACCCUAAUAUCAACUAAUUGGGUGGUCACUGCUGCUCAUUGUUUUAUAACUCAGAAGAAUGUGAAUCGCUGGCUCGGUUACCUCGGAACACUCCAGCGUGUGGGAUCUAAAGGCACUAAAGUAACCUUUAAACGCCUCAUCAGCCACCCCUCCUUCAAUAUUUUCUCUCUGGAUUAUGAUAUUGCCCUCUUGGAACUGUCUAAACCUGUGGCCUUUACUGAAGUCAUUCAGCCUGCCUGUGUACCAUCACCUUCCCACAGAUUCUUAGCAGGAACAAAAUGUUAUGUAACAGGCUGGGGCACCACAGCAGAAGUGGGCUUCUUGUCUUAUACGCUGCAGAAAGCUGAAGUAAAUCUGUUCAGCAACAGUUUGUGUCUGGACCUGUACGGCAGACAGAUCACUCCCAGAAUGUUCUGUGCGGGGAGGCUGAAUGGAGGAGUGGACACCUGCCAGGGUGAUUCAGGUGGCCCACUAGUUUGCAAGGAAUCCUCAGGGAAGUGGUUCCUUGUUGGAAUUACAAGCUGGGGUAUCGGCUGUGCAAAAGCAAAUGCGCCUGGAGUCUACAGCAGAGUUACAGCUCUUCACAGUUUCAUUGCACAAUAUGUUUUCUGAAAGCUGAAAGGUUCACAUCAUUCUUGAUUUAAUCAAACACUGUAAUACAUGCAUUGGGAUUCAAUCUCAAUGUGUGGGCCUCACUGGGGCCAUCAACUCUGUAUUCAUUUCAAACACCCUGUGAUCCGCUCUCUCAGUCUUCAGUAUAAUUUCUACAAUCAUUUUAUUUGUGCAGUAAUAUGUAUUUUAAUCAAUUGAGAAUAUGAUUUGUCGAGAUUUUUUACACAGCUCCUUACUUUGUGAUUCUUGAUCCUGACAAAUCAAAUAAGAUAUCAUACUUUAUGUCAUCAUAAUAAUCUCAGUCCUACCUGUUGUCAGCAUCUCACCUCAAAUGCCUGCAAGAAUUUGAGGCUAAGCAGGGCCCAGUCUGUAGAAGGUAUAACAUGGGGAAAUUUGUAUUUAAACUAUUCCUUGCAGAGUACCAAAAUUGUUUUGCCAAAUAUUGGAAUUCAGUAAUAUUAAAGUGGGAUGAUAUAAAAUCUUCUUAAAUCAACUCUUAAAUACUGAAAAGUAGAUGUUACUUUCGCUGAUGUUAUUGGAUGAACUUUUAAUAUGUUCAUACAAGUUGCUAACCCACCAAAAACAGAAGUGUUUCUGCAUAUUAUGCCUUGUAUAACAUCAUGGACAGUAUUUGCAGGCUUAUAAGAACCUUAUAAUUAAAAGGUACAAUCAUACUGAGGGUUUUGUCAUAUAGAAUGAUACAUUAUUGUUUGAGUGAGAGUAUUGACAAGUGACAUUGACAAACGGUAGUUUAUUGGUAUAUCAGAUUAAUCACUUUGAUUUAAUUAUUCCUCUGAAUUGAAACAAUAUUUUUUAUUCUGUAAAUUUCUAUAUGACUAGCAUAAGCUAAAUGUUUAUAUUUUCCACAAUACUUAACAUUGUAUUGUAUUAGUGCAUUUUUUCAGCAUUGCUCAUGUACAUGAAAAAGUGUUAUUAAUGGAUCAGGAAACUACUUCUUCAGAGGUGGUAGCAAUGCUGGUUUUCACACCAACAGGUUAAUAGCUGGAAUUUGAAACCAGACAAGAAAUCUUACAAAUUAUAGGGUUUGAUCAGUUAAUGAUGAAGUUUUUCUCCCUUCUUUUGAAGCAGUAGUAAUAUGUCAGCACUGUGUUUUUCUUCUUCCAUGGUAUGUAGGUAUAAUUGCCAGGGUCAGCAUUUGUUGCCAAUCUCUGGAGAAGGUGGUGGUGUGCUACCUUCUUGAACCACUACCGUCCCUUUUGGACAGAGGUGUACCCCCGGUGCUGUUAGAAAGGGAGACCCAAGAUUUUAAUCCUGCAACAGUGAAGGGUUGCUGUGUCCCUGAGUACCCCAAAAUCCACGCUAAGGUUCCAAUUCAUGAUGAUGUGUGGCUUAGAGGGGGCUUACAGAUGCUGGUGUUCCACGCAUCUGGUACCCUCAUUCUUUUAGGUGAUAGAAAUCUCAGGUUUGGAGGAUGCUGUCGAACAAACUUUGGUGAGUUGCCACAGUCCAUUGUGAUACAUGCUUCUAUCUCUAUGCACUGGUGGUUGAAGGAGUGAAGUUGGAAAAUGAGAUGCUGAUUAAAGUGGGAUGCUUUGUCCUGGAUGUUUUAUCAGAAAUGUAAACACUAGCCGAAAAAAACUACAGUUGUGUUUAUUGAAAAAGCAAAAGGAGGCUAAACGAAGUUUUACAGAAGUCAGGCAAGAUAACUAUACAUGGGGAAAGCGAUCACUGAAGAGAAAGCAGCCAAUUUUAUGCGGUGUCUUUAUAUCAAUAGCUGGAAUAUUACAAAUAAAAUAGAAUAACUAAAAACACAUGGACGGAUUGAUCUGUUAGCAAUGACAAAUCCAGCUGCAACUUUAGUUAGAAUGAAAGUCAGAAAUUCAAGCUUUAAUAUUCAUAGGAGUUCUUGUGGCACAAGCAUCUUGUGACAGGUAGCACCCUGUCUCUUGACCAGAAGUACAGAUGGCCAGGAAAGAUUUAUUCAUAGCCUGAUUAAACAGGUUGAGUACUAGCCUCUAAAUCUUUCCAACAAUCGCAGAUAGUAGGAGCAGGAGAGAUUCCUGGUCAGCAGGUGAUUGUAAUAAAGUUGGAAUCUUUACCAUCACUAUCAAUCAAUGGGGACCCCUCUUGUGGUGCAUUAGUAGUGUCACUACCCCGGACCAAGAGGCCUGGGUUCAAGUCCCACCUGCUCUAAAGAUGUGUAAUAACAUCCCUGAAUGGAUUGAUUAGGGGAAAAAAAACAUCACUAUUCAUAGCUCCAGACUAUAAAAGGCAUGUAAUGUUGCACAUUGAUACAGCAACACAGAUUCCCACAGAAUUUGUAAAGAUGGAACAUAGAAGGAAAGUAGACGAGCAGAAUCUACAAAAGCACUAGCAUAAUACUAAAAGUAUCACAGAAUCCCUACAGUGUGGAGGCAGGCUAUUCAGUCCUUGAGUCCACAUUGACCAUCCAAACAGCAUCCCAACUAGACCCACCGCAUCCCUAUAACCCUGCAUUUCUCAUGGCUAACCCACCUAGCCUGCACAUCCCUGGCCACUAUGGGCAAUUUCGGCACGGUCAACUCACCUAACCUGCACAGAUUUGGACUGUGAGAGAAAACUGGAGCACCCAGAGGAAACCCAAGGGGAGAAUGUGCAAACUCCACACAGACAGUCACCCAAGGGUGGAAUCAAACCUGUGUCCCUGGCAGCAGCACUAAUCACUGAGCCACUGUGCUGCUUCUAAAAACAAGGAACAAUUUGAUGGAUCUGUUCACAGAAUGAAAUGCUUGUGCACUUUCAGAGCAACUCAAUGACCGAUCUCAUUUAUUUCAUCUUUGGUUUUUUGUUGAAAAUUGGUUUAUAAGCACAACAUGGUGAUGACCAGGAAUCAAAGCCAGGUCAACUGCUUAGAAGGCAGCUAUGCUCACCAGUAUACCACCAGUGUUCUGCCAGAAUUUCUAUGGCACAGGAAAGUGUCUUAACAGAGGAAGCAGAUUUAACUGCAAAUGUAGAUCAGAAUGCAUGUAAAAAGUAAUGAAGGGAGAUUUACCGGAACAAGAAUGGGAAUUAAUUUCCUGAAUAUAUUCAGGAUCAUUAGUAAAGUAGUGUAUCAUCAAUGAGUCAUGUGAACCUUAACAUAGGUGCAAGUAAUGAAUCAGGAAUAAAGAUUUGCUAAUAAAUAAAACAUUUGGUAAUUCUUACACA